AUGGUGGUGAUCUAUUGUGUGAUGGUUGGAGGGACCGGAAACACGUUCGUGGUGCAGGUGGACGAGACCGCUAGAGUGAGAGACUUGCAGCGCGCGAUCAAGGCAGCGAAGCCAGUGGGGAUCACGUGCGAUGCCAACCAGCUGCAGCUUUUCCUGGCGAAGAGAAAAGGACUCGAAGAGGACGAACAGAAGUGCAGCGAUGAGGCACAAUGGCUGACGCAACGUGAAGUGGUGGGAGGAACAGUAGUGAGGGACACUAGCGACUUUGAUCGCCUGUGGUACUCGGACGUCCAGUUACAAGUUGCCGGACUGGGUAGCGGAGAUUUCGGCGAAGUGAAUCAAGCGGACAUAAUUGUUGGACUUGGCCACGUUCACGUGCUGGUGGUGGCUCCGGGGUCUAGUGAACUGGAAGUUACCGCAAAUUUGCCCCGACUCGGCGUGCCGUUUGCCACGAGAGACCUGAACUUCUUGCUCACCCACGACGCUGCAAAGUAUCAUUUCUUAAUGUCAGCCGCUUUGACUCGGGACGAAGCCCUUGUGAUUCUUGCAUUCGCCCGAUCAGCGAUCAAGUCUGCGACGCGAGAUGCCAUUGCAGUGCGUCAAGGGUUUACUCUGGAUGGACCGCUCAAGUUGCGCGAAGGUCAAGCCAAAUCUGCGCUGUACUACGCCUAUUCCAGAUCCGGCGGUGUUUUGGCUGCGAAAGUGUAUAUUGCGAUGCACAGACCGACAUUUCAGAGAGAAGUUGACGUCAAUCACGCGCUGGGAGCACACCCGAUUAUCGUCCAGUUCUUGACGUCAUUCUCCGUGGCAAACACUGAAGGCGAGCAGCGGCACGUUAUUGUGAUGCCGUUCUUUGCUCGGACUGCUGCUGACCUGUUUGCGCUACGUUCCCCGGUCCAGCUUCGUGCUUUGGCCACCAUUGCUCGCGACUGCGCUAGUGCUCUUGGCCAUAUUCACUCCAAGAACUAUUCCUUUGCGGACUUGAAUCCAGCCAAUAUCAUGCUGCAUAGUGGCGAAGAAGGUGGAGCCACGCUGGUUGAUUUCGGCGGAGCAGUAAAGCUCGGUGACCCCCUUGUCGAGAUCACGGAUCAGUUUUGUUUGGAUGUGGGUACGUCGCAAGGCUCGGAGCUGCUUGACUGGACAUGCUUGGGCACGACGCUGGCUCAACUGGCGGGUAUCGACAUUACCCAGUUCUUCUCGAGACAAGACCUUGUCACAUUUCUGAAUGAGACUGGAAACGCGUUCUUGGUGCAAGUGGACGAGACCGCCACCACGGAAGACUUGCAGCGCGUGAUCAAGGCAGCGAAGCCAGUGAGGAUCAGGUGCGAUCAGGAGGACGUGGAGGUUUACCUGGCGAGGAGAAAAAAAAGGAAGGAGGAAGGAGCGGGCGAUGGCCAGGAGGAAGUGCUACGGCUUGGAGAGGAGGAAGAGAAGGAAGGCGACAAGAUGGAAUGGGUGACGCAACGUGAACUGCGAGCAGGAGAGCCUCAACACAGCAAGCCCAGCCCGUCCAUGGCGUCCUUCCCGGCCAGCAAGUACUCCCGCUACAAGCGCGCCACGGCCUUCUUCCUGGACUGGCUGCUGCGCGCGCGGGGCCGUGGCCGACACGCGGGCACGCGCGUGGAGCUGGAGACGCUGGACGACGUGGUGCAGGAGAUCGCUCUCCACCCGCAGACGCUCACGCCCAAGCUGCUGCAGGAGCUGCCCAAGGCGCUGGGCGCGUGCCAGUGCGCCAUCACGCUGAGGGAGCACGUGGCCGCCUUCUUCGACGACCAGGAGCAGGGCCACGCGCACUUCCUGGGACGGCUCAAGCGCUGGCUGGACGCGCUGCAGUCGCUGGAGGCGGCAGAGCAGCAGCAGCACCAGCCGCCGCUGGGGCUUGAAGCCGAGAUCCGCAGGUUCCAGAGCUAUUAUCAAGUUCUGCAGGUGGACGAGGACUACUUCCCCGACGAGGAGAGCUUGGAGCAGGACCGCGACGCACGCAUCUUCGACGAGGUUUUCGAGCAGGAUCUGCAGCUGGAGGUCGAGUGCUACUUCACGGAGCUGGAGGAGCUGGUCCAAGGCGUCUAUGACGUCUACGACCAGGUCAAGAACCAGCAGCGCACCAUGAUGGAGGCCACGGUCGUGGGCACGCUGGCGCUGAGGAUGACCAAGGAGCUGACGGCCAAGCUGCAGCUGCGCUACCCGGCGCUCAAGCUGGCCGAGGACCUGUUGGGGGUGCUGGUGAGCUACCCGUCGGCCAGUCUGGCCACUGAGAUUACGGAAGCUGUGGCGAAGUUCGUGCCCGGCACGCUGCUGCACGACUUCACGAACGUCUGGACCACGCUGAUGAUCUUCACGGGCGUCUUCCCGCCGCUGAAGCUCGCGACGCUCAUCGGGCUCCCGGAUGGAUACUUUGGCGAGAAUUACGGAGAAGAGCGCACCCCUGAAUACGUGCGCGCAGACAGCAACCACUACGUGGUGCUGCUGACUCAGCAACUCCCGCACUUCUACAACAUGAUCCUAGUAAAGAGGCUGGCUAUGGGGCGAGGACUGGGUGAGCAGAAGGGGUUGGUCGUGGACCUGAUAAACCUGUUGGAGGAGUACUUCGAGACGCGUCGAGUCUCGAUCCCAUUGGUGUUUCUCUGUAUUUGCUGGAUGCAGUCGGUUGCAGCACUACAGGGAGACGCCGGGCUGAGUCGCAACAUGAGUCUGACCAUCACACACACGGAGCAUUUGAUCAAAGUCGUGGAUGCCGCGUUGAUCACGCACCCGCUGCCAGUUUCAGUCAAGAGGGGCUCGUACCACGCCAUUCUGACGGACUUUCGGAAGGGGUACGUCGCAUCCCUCCGCACCAACCUGCUAGCUCGUGCGAACCCGCUGUUUGCAGGGUCCCAGAUGAUGUCGAACCACCUCGAGUAUCUGGUCGUGACCUGCGGACACUUCUCGUCAAUGUGCGGCGCGUUCUGCCAGCUCUACAACGCCUUUGUGCAGCAAGGACUGUUGGAGAGGAUCCCAUUCUUUGGCGAUAUUCUGGAUAUCUACGCCGACAUGAUCUUCGCCCCGUCACCUCGAUCGGCUGCGGUGCACGGGUCUUACAAUCGUGUCUACCUUCUCACCUCGCGGUAUUCCGGCUCCUACAUCAACUCGAUGUACGAUGGGUCUCCAUCCGUGGGUAAGCGGUCUGGCUGCUCGUCCAAGACGAUGCUUCAAAAAGCUGCAGACGUCUGCACGAAGGAGAUGUUCGAGACCCGCAUUUUAUCUCGGAACCUGAUGGCACUCGAUGACGACAUAAAGGAGGUUUUCAAGGAGAUUUGUGAAGUAUUGGGUCGACAGGAGAUUCUAGAUGGGUACAUCGAGAAAGGAAUGCGCGGUGAAGUACGGGCCAAUCGUGCGUUGGAGUACACUGUUAUGGUCCCGCUGCUGGCGCUGAUGGAUGCGCUACGCCCUGACGGUUCGUUGGAUUCGAGCUUGGUGCCGGCUGAAAUCCGAUCGACGGUGGAGUUUGUCAUCGAUGGCGAGUUUGUCAGCGAAUCGUGCAGGAGAGUUGCGCGUGUGAUCGAAGCCAAAUUUGCGACACCAGCUCAGAUCUGUGAGCAGAAGUACUUCACGUUUCCGGCCGAGCCAGACUUUGUGAACCAGCAGUAUGGGACGGUACCGUUCAAGGCCAAGACUGAGAAUGAAAAUCGUGACAAAGUGUUCUCCGAUCUGAUGGAGCUGAUGAAAUCCAACGAUGGUCCACUUGACGGACGUGAUCUGGAGUAUCUGAAGUCGGAGAUUAAAAAAGACCCCCAGCUUUUGGGUAUGUUCGCACUGAGCACGGGCCCGAGCUCCUACACCGACUACGAUGAUUUGAGCACGCUACUUCACCAGGCAGCGGCUGGCCCUGCGCACGACCCUGAGCUGGUGGAAUGGAUGAUUCAAAUGGGAGCACUCUUCAACCAGCCACUGCACUCCAUUGCGGGCUACGAGAACAUUGUUCGGAUCAUUCUUGAAGCGGACAACUUUGUGGACUUGAACACGGUCACGUUUCACACGAAGGAGACUCUGGGGCAUUUGGCCGUCAAGAAUGGACACAAGAGCGUGUACUAUUGCCUGGUGCCCUUUGGCAGUGAUGUCCGCAUCAAAGAUGGCGAAGGCCGGCGUGUGUGGGAGCUCACAACCGAUCGAAGUUGGUCUCAAGAUAUUGCGCAAACCGCGGCACUAAUUGAACAAAGCUGUCGACUUGGUCAAGGCCGGCGCGAAGACCCCACGGUACUUCAGCAAGCUAUGAGGGUGAAUGCGGAACGCAUGCGCAAGUUGGUGUUUGCCCAGCGCGGCGAAGAGCGGCAGCGCGCAGGGGAGAAGAAAAAGACGACGAAAGGCAAGAAAGGAGGCAAGGCCCAGGGCAAAUCCAAUGGACAUGGUGAAUCGUCUGCGCGGUCGUCGACAAAAUCUGCGGUCGACACAUCAGCAAUGGCAGGUGUGAUCGUUGCUUUGCUGGGGGCGCCAAGCUCGGCAACCAAGAACGCAAAAGGCUCGUCUAAGAAGUCAGCUGGGCGAGAUGUCAUCCUCCAACAGUCAAUUCAGAAAACGACGGCUGCGUUUGGUCGCUUGAGAAACCCCACUGUUCCCGCUACGGACAAAUUACAAGCCGUGCAGCGCAUAUGCAGAGUGAUCCACAAGCUGGACAACGCCACUGAGGUGCAGUGGGACCCGGACAAGAUGAUCGGAACGGGUGUACAAUUGAGGAUGGACGUGUCAUUUGAAGCGUUGCAAGUCAUCCACAUGAUCCAGAAGUUCUAUCGCGAGCUCUGUGCCACGACGCUUGACUUCGUCAGGUUCGUUGUACGCACAGCGACGAUCAGUCUCUCUGUCGACAGGAAGGCUCAAGCCUUAGAGGCUUUGGGUGCACUGGAGACGCGGUUGUUGGAGACCCCAUUUAAUGAGCGAAACCCGUCAGAGUUUCGGGAGCUGGUGCAAACGUAUUCCAAGGAACGUGAGGCAAUGGGCUUAGAACGGACUUCAAGCCCUGACUCGCUUCGCCGCUUGGAAUGGUACCUGCAGAACACGGUGGCGAAUUCCAAGUUGCAGAUGGCUUUCGACAAAAUGGCGGGACGAUCCUUUUACUUCAAGCUUGCGUUUGACUCUCAGACGAGUACUGGACAAAUCGCGCAGGUUCGGAGUGCUAUCGACGCCGUUCCAGCACUGAACGAUGUGGCCUUCUUCGGGAAAAAUGACUGGUCCGUUGUGUACGGUGGCAACAGUAAGGAUGGCGUGGUCAGAGUCCGCACCAUGGUGGCUGAGGUACCCAAGCGCACUGGGGUUCAGAUUGAUGACCAGAACUCGCAACUCGGUACCCCCGCGAUUCACAUCGGGCAGUUCCAGUUUUCGGCGGCUGGACCACUUGGCAGCGCAGCGGCGGCAUGA